AUGUCAAAAAAACUAAUAAAAUAUAAUGUUUCAGAAUUAUCAUCUGAAUUUGAUGAUGAUUAUGUAUGUCCAAUUUGUUUUGAAACAUAUUAUAAAAAAGAAGUUUACCAAUGUAAAGAAGGUCAUUGUUCGUGUAAAGAUUGUUGGGAAAAAUCACUUGAAAGAAAAAAGGAAUGUAUGCAAUGUAAAACUCAAGUAAAUUCUUUUAAUGAACUCUCAAGAAAUAGACAACUCGAGAAUUUAUUAUUAAAAACAGAUGUAUGUUGUCCAUAUUCAUUCGAAAAUAUUAUUAGAGUAGAUGAUAGUGAAGAAUUAAUUAAAGAUGGUGGUGGAUGUAAAGAAAUUAUUAAAUUAGAAGAAUUAGAUAAUCAUAUUGAAAAUUGUAGUUUUAGGUUUUUAAAAUGUAGAAACCAUGAAAAAGGAUGCAAUGAUAUAAUCAGAUACAAUCAAAAUGAAAUUCAUAUUUCCGAAUGUGAAAACCGACCAUUAAUUUGUACACAUUGUUCUAAUGUUUAUUUAUUAAAAACAAUCGAACAACAUUAUCUCGAAUGUCCCUCAAUGUUGAUAGACUGUAAAGAGUGUAGCCAAAAAAUCAAAAGAGAAGAAAUGGAUAAUCACGUUGAUAAAGAAUGUCAAGAGGUAAUUAUUUCAUGUAAAUUUUCACCAUUUGGAUGUAAUGAUAAAAUAAAAAGAAAAAAUUUAGAAAAUCAUUUAGAACAAACAAACCACACAAAACAUUUAAGUACAGCAAUUGAACAUUUAAUGAUUAAAAACAAUCAACUUUCAUAUAGUAUUGAUGAACUAACUAAAGGUAAAGAAGAUAUAAUCAUUAAAAAUAUUCAACUUUCAAAUAGGAUUGAUGAAUUACAAAAAGGUAAGGAAUAUAAAAAUAAAUGGAUUAUUUCAAACUAUUCCAAAAUCAAUCAUAAUGUUGGUGAUCGUUUGAUAUCUCCUAAAUUUGGAUAUGCCCCAAAUCUAUUUGAUAUCAGAUUUUAUAAAAAAGGAUCUAAUAAACAAAAUAUUGGAAAUACAAGUAUUUAUCUUCAUUCUAUAAGUGAACAAAAAAACAUAACAUUCUCAAUGACUUUAUUAAACAAAGAUACUAAAAAGAGUCGAACUUUUACAUACUUUCAUGAUGUACCAAUGACUGGAUGGGGGUGGUCUAUCUUUAUAAAAAGUGAUGAAAUAAAUAAAGAAAACGGAUUUGUAACAGAAGAUGACAAAGUAGAAUUUGAAUUUACAAUUACUUAUCCUAAACCAAUGCCAUUGUUAUCAAAUUAA